AUGUUCUAUGAGACUUGUUCUGCACUGGAGGAAGGAAAAGAUACCACUGAACCGCCCAAAAAAAAGAGGAAGAACGGAAGCUCCAGCAGCAAAGUGUCACCGCCAAGUUCCAAUAGACCAGUAGGAUGUAAAGAGGACAACUACUGUGGAACAUGUGGGAACUGGGGCCACAAAAGGCGUAGCAGCAAACUAUGCCCCAUGAACAAGAAACUGACACAUGUACACCCAUCGUUGACAGCCCUAGAAACAAUGACAGACAACGAAAGAGAAAGGACACAGCAAAGCUUACUGGACACUAUUCCACUCGAUACGGACAACACGGAAGAUUACUCUUCGGUCGUCGACAACAUUUUGCGGGAAACUAACAGCAAUGAAGAAGAGGAGUAA